AAACACCCACUCGGAUUGGUCAGGAGGAGUAGGGCAGGUUUAAGGAUUUCUUUUUCAAACGCGACAGCGUAUGCCUCAACAACUGUCUCAACACGGGUUUCUGGUGAGAAGAUGAUCAAAAUUUAAGACUCUCGAAGACACCCCACCGUCACUUGCACUUACACCACUAUAAACCUUCCUUCAACCCUCCACUUUUGAUCACCAAAGUGUCAUCUUGGAGUAGCUUGCUAUCAGAACUUGGCAAGAUGGCUUCUAAAUUGCUUCUGUUUUUGCUUUUUAGUGCUCUAGUUUGCUCCACCAGUGCUAGGAAACUUGUAGAUGGAAAGGGUUCUUUUCAGGACGAGAAAACUUUGUUUAACUGGCCCAAGUUUGAUGGGGGCCUAGGCAGUGGCGGUGGAGGUGGAGGUGGGUUAGGAGGUGGAGGAGGAUUAGGUGGUGGAACUGGAUUUGGUGGGGGUGCUGGUGGUGGGGCUGGAGGUGGAUUAGGAGGCGGUGCUGGAGGUGGCGGUGGGCUCGGUGGUGGAGGUGGCGGUGGGCUAGGUAGUGGAGCUGGAUUUGGUGGGGGUGCUGGUGGGGGGGCUGGAGGUGGAUUGGGAGGAGGUGCUGGUGGGGGUGGUGGAUUUGGAGGUGGUGGGGGGGGAGGAGUGGGUGGCGGUGCUGGUGGCGGGUUUGGAGGUGGUGCUGGUGCUGGCCUUGGAGGUGGAGCUGGAGGUGGAGGAGGAUUUGGAGGAGGUGGUGGUGGUGGACUUGGUGGAGGAGCUGGUGGUGGGUUUGGCGGCGGCGCUGGCGGCGGGUUUGGUGGCGGAUUUCCUUAAAAGAAUAAAGAUGUUGCUUUUCUUAAUAAUUUACUGUUGUUACUUAUGCGGGUUUGGAGGUGGUUCCAUAUGUUAAGACAACCACUCAAGAUGUAUCUCUGUUAUGUUCUGUAGCUUGUACGUGAAAUAUUUCUAUCUUCAACUUUAAUCCU